AUGCCCCGUCCAAGAAGACCAGGCGCGCCGGAACCGAAGCGCAGGAGUCGGAAUGGCUGCUGGCCCUGCAAGUCUCGCAAGGUGAAAUGCGGCGAAGAAAAGCCCUCCUGUAUAAAUUGUCGGCGACAAAAUGACCGAUGCGAUUAUAGUAUCAAACUAAACUGGGAGGGAAGGACCAGGAGAAAAUCUUCGGUAGAACCUCCGAGUCCUGUGUGCAACGGCUCGACGUAUGUUUUCUCGUCUGUAUCACCUCCGGCAUUUCACCAGUCACUUCCUAGUGUCUCGGAGGAUAUCUUGACAGGGGCAGCGGAGAAUAUUCUCUGGGAGGAGAGACUGUCGCACAUCGAUCCAGGAACUCAUAACAGAGAUCAUAGUGAGAGUCAGAAACCUCUCUCUAGUGUCCCGCAGCUUGCGGGUGUGGAGUCGCCAGUAGAGAUUAAUGACCUGCUGCAGGUACAGGAUGUGGCCAUCUCAUGGGCAGAUAAUUCACCGCAUUCGUCUAGCAUUGGAUCCACACUGAACAGCACACCGUCUCUUUUGAAUCCGAUUGAAGAUGGCUCGUACCCUUCACCAGCAGAAACGGACUCUGCGUUCGGUGGAAGGUUCUUCAACAGACAGUCGCAGAACCCGUCGUUUCCUUCUGCCCAGCAGGCUGGACCAGCAUCAAAUUCGCAGUCCCCAUCGGGAGACAUAUACUACCCUGGUAUACCUAUUGACUUCCUACUAGACAAGCCGGAAGACCACGAGGAAGAUCGCUCACUUGAUCUUUCCACCCCCGAGAAAAGAUGGCAUGCGUACCUGAGAACGGUCACGGAUAAUUAUGGCCUCGACUACGGUCGCCCAGAUCUGGAUUUGAACAAGAACGAUGAUCAUGCAGCCAUUGAUGUCAACCGCGCACUGCAAUUGAUCAAUCCGCAGUGGAAUUCUCAGGGGGAUAUUGAGCCCGAAAUGAGUUUCGUCCAGGAGUUGAAGUCAAAGAAUCGCACGUACUACGACUCACCGGUGCCCGUGAACAUACCACGAUAUCUAUCACCGCUGCCGAUGAAUCUGUUGAAGAAUCCAAUCAACUUGAUGUACUUUCAUCAUUUUCUCAGUCAUACGGCCAAGAUGCUCGUUCCACAUGACUGCGGGGAUAAUCCAUUUGUUUCAGUGUUACCGUCUAUGGCUAUUGCGGACUCCAACCUGUUGAAUUUGACAUUGGCCUACUCCGCAAGUCACCGUGCGCGAUACCUAGGACAUGCAGAGCCUGCAAAUCGCAUUGCUGAUUGGGUUAGUGAUGUAUUUCCAGCUCUGCGCUAUGCCCUGGACAACCCGCACACGAGUAUUACCGAUUCUCACCUGGCCACAGCUGUCAUGCUUCUUUCCCUGAAGAUCAUCUCCCCCAGCACGUUCGAAGUCCCGAUUCCAUGGCAGAGUCACCUCAGCCUCGCUCGUGGUCUUUUCCAGGAACAUGCGGAACAUAUGGCUUAUCCAGGGAACCGUAUCGGAGCAUUUCUAGCACGGUGGUUGGGGUAUAUUGACAUUAUGGGAACUUUGUCAUGCCGCGACGGUGGUCCGCCUUUGGAUAUGUACUACUCAGUUAUGAAUGCUUGCUCUACGGAAGGGGAGCAUGAUGAGUUUUCUGUUGACUGCUUCACCGGGUUCAGUCCUCGAACAGGUGCAUGUUUAAUCCGGCUAGGAAAGCUAGUCCACCGAUGCGACAAUGAAUGCUUCGAUGAUGUGGGCAUGUUUCGUCUGGACUGGACAGCAUCCGUGGACAUGAUCCUGGAGGCAAAAUCUUUGGUCAUGGAAUUCGAAGCUUUGCGGACACAGGUUCACGUUAAUGGUAAACAUUAUCGAGGAUCUCCCACAGACCUACUGGCCAUGGAUCGAGCUUUUUGCUGUUCUGCGUUGUUGCACCUUCAUCGUCGAAUUCUGGGUAGCUCUCUGUUCUCUCCUGCCGUCCACGAAGCGCAGGAUGGUCUCCUGAAAGCCCUGGCCCAGAUUGAGCCCGGAGGGUCUACAGAGGUAGGGGCGUUGUUUCCGCUGUUUACCGCCGGAUGUGAAGUGCAAGAUACCAAGCAACGGAUGGAGAUUUUGGAGCGGUUUGUGAUACUGGAAACGACGGGAAUGAAACAGAUACAAAAUGCGCGCAGGUUGAUGCAGCGGUGCUGGGACGAAGACUUGCCGUGGAUUGCUCUGGCUAAAGGGGAGUUCCUUGGAUAG